GUAUGACAUCAGAUAAAAUGCAUGAAGAAAAUAAUAAAACUAAACACAUCACUGAUAAAAUAGGAAAAUAGGAAACACCACUAACAGAACUAAAACUUGAGCUUUUUGUAGAUAGUUUUAAAGAGAAGAAUUGCCACUUUAUCAACACACAUGUGCAAACAGCACAGUGGUGUAGCAGGUAACGUUACAGCUCACAGCUCCAGGGUCCCGGGUUUGAUCCUGAGAUUAGGUUACUGUCCAUGUGGAAUUUUGCAUGCUCUCCUGAAGCCAGCUGGUGUUUCGAUUAUGCUAAUUUGCCACUAGUUGUGAAUGAGUGUGUGAAUGUCUGUGUCAAAAUUACUGUCCCAUCCAGGGUGUAUACCAGCCUCACCCAUUGUACCUGGGAUAGGUUCCAGAUCCAUUGCAACUUACUUAGGCUAAAGCGGUUACUGACGAUGAAUAGAUGAAUACACAUAUACAUGUGUGCAGUACAACAAAAUGCUUCACUCAUGGAUAUCUCAGCUUGAAAUUUGUCCUGUAGCAGUUGCAGGCAUUGCUCCAGGGCUGAAUGAUGAUCUCCAGCUAUCAUAAAAUUUAAAUUCUCAACUACGGAGCAUUAAGUACUGAGCUACCUCUGCUACUUUCAUGACUGCUAUAUGUGUCUCUGAAGCUUCAGCUCAGCAAAUCCAUACAAUCUCUACUGCAGGCAGAAAUGCAGCAGGCCAAAUAGGCCUGUGUCAUAAGGCCAUCUGAAACAUCAUGAAACAUAUUUUACAAAAUGUAAACAAGGAGCUAUGAAAUUUUUUUAAAGGUUUUCACGGAAGGUGAGAAUGCCUGGACUGAUUCUAGCAAUCAUCAAGGCAUUUUAACCCUUUAGACCACUGUAAAGAACAUUUCCGAGUUUCUCAGGUCAUGGUACACAUCAAAUGAAGUGCAAUAACUAGUAGUGAAUUAACUCUGUUCCAUUCGCUUAUUUGGCUGAUUGUUUUAUCCAAAGUGAUGUGCAAGUGAGGCAAGAUACAAUUCAACUACAUAACUUAAGCGCUUAGGAGUUAAGAGUUUUGCUUAAGAACCAUGUUUUUCUGUUCACUUUGUAAUUUGAACUCACAAGGCUCAGACCACUAGCAAAAAAAAAAAAAAAAAAAAAAAAAAAAGCUUCCACUGCCAACAUUUAGUCUUCAUAUGAGUUUAUUUGUACCAUGCAGCUUUUUUACUUGGAUUCAAAUGCUAACUCAACAGUGAUUCUGAUAUUAAACUCCUAUUGUUAAACACACUUUUCCAUGCUAGUUUGAUUCUAGUGUAUCUCAUUUCUCAGUCCUGAAGAACCUAUUUGCUGCACACUGCUGCAUUCUCCCUUUUCAGUUUAGUCAAACACAUUUUCAACUUUGAUUUAUUCGGCUAUACUAAAACGUUAGAGUGUAGAAAUUCUGUUUAGUUUAGCAUAAGUGGUGAAGUAAUAUAAUAUAAUAUAUCAUUUAGGUACAGUAAUUUUCUUGCAUGUAUUAAGCAUUUUACGAGUUGAAGGGCUUCUAAACUUUUUUCUCUCUCUUUUCUUCCUAUUCCACAAACUAAUAUUGCGCUUGGUCAGGACUGAAUGUUUGUUUCAUCCAAGUUCUGGGAUAGGUAUUCAUGAAAAUAUUACACAUAAAAAUGGAAUGAAGGCCAGCUGCUGGUGCAGGAAAAAAUGAGAGUUCCUGGAUGCCGAAGUUUAUUUGCAUUGCAAACAAAGUUCUAGGAUGAUUCAGGAAAUUUUUUGAAAGUCAAAUUCAUUUUCUCUCGGACUGAGGAAUUAUAAACAUUAACACAAAGGUUCGAUUAUAAACAGACAGGAUCUGAUUAUUAUGUGAUGUGUAAUGCAAAUAAGUUUCUGGCAUGCCUGUGGACCACACUACUGACUGCCCAACUGCUUACUCAUCACAGCAUGUUUGUGGGAUGUAUUUGGCUUCCUACAGCCUCACACAGCCCACUUCGCUGAUAUGCAAAAAAUCAAAAGAGGAAUUGUAUCAGCAUAAAACGUCUAAUACACCAUCCAAUGUAUUAGACACACUGUAGAGCAAGGAGCAUCUCACCUCACAAAGAUGUAACUGUCUUUUGGUUGUGCAGAGUACUGCUGAAGAACGUGGUUCUGUUUGAAAUUUUUGUGCCUAAAUCAACUGUUAUUUGACUGCAUGUUUAUGUCUGUAUUUUCUUGGGGAAUGCAAAGUAGCACAGAGUAAAUCUUUAGCAGAAGAAAAAUACUGUUCUGGAAAGCCACAAAAUGAAAUCCUGUAGAGGGAUCACCCUCAUCUUCCUGGGGCUGUUUAUCCAGGUUGGUCUAACUUUGUAGAAUUAUGUGUAAGGAGCUGGUCUGCUGUACAUUUCUGAGGAUUAUGGUUCUCAUACAGAGCGAAGGAUAACAUCUCUCUGGUUCUAUAAUUUGAGCCAUUUUUUGCAGUCAUGUAAUUAUUAAAUAAGAUAUACUGUAUAAAUAAGAACAAGCAGAAAUGAGAAUGAUAAAUGAAACUGAGGAAUGAAUGAAACUCAGGAAACAUGACUUUUGUUCAUAACCAACUUAGUUCAUUUAUAUUACUCAUAUAUUAAUUUUUUCUGUAUCCACAAUUUUGGGAAGUACCUACAGUAGUUGCUUGAGGAGUGACAUAGCUGUGUAGAUGAGUGUUCCUAUCUUCAUACAUACAUACAUUUUUGAGAGAUUUUUCUACAUAUUGUCCAUAUAUAGUUUUUUCAAUUUACAUGUUUUCUCAUCUGCAACUACAGUUUUGCUAAUGUGACAUUUUUAACUUUUAGGCUUCAUCUACAGGUAAAUUAUAUUUCCUCACCAUUUACAUUAAUCUUAAAGGACUAAAACCUGAACCUAAAAUACCUUUGAGUACACAUUUCUUUGUCUGUAUUGUUUUUUUCAGAAAAUACAACACAAUCUUACUACUUUGAGCUUCAAAUAGAGUCAAGUGCAUUCGACAGUUUCACUUGGCUGCUUGGAAAUAUUACAGCGCUAACUGUUGAAAAUGCCUUAAUAACAAAUAUCACCAUAACAACAGUCUGUCAGUCCAACGUCUGUACCUGCGCACAAAACUACAGUUGGAGUAACAGUGUGUGUGUAAUGCAUCCUGAGUGCUGCCAAAAUAAGACAUGUGCAACUGUCCUUCCUGGUGCUAUGUGCCUCUAUAAAGACAGAGUGCUUGUUAAUGGAUCAUUUACCAUUCAGAAAGAUUUUUAUGAAUUCUCUGAUGAACUACGAACAUACCUGACUACAAGCCUGACUUCGGUUUACAGCACUAUGAACUGGUUUGACUCACUGAGUGCAAGCUACAGGGAAGGUAGUAUCAUCGGAGACUUUGCAAUGCUAAUAAAUGGUCCAUUUAUACCGGAACAACUUGUGAAUAAGACUGAGCAGUUGUCAAAUAUGAUAAAUGCCACUUUCACCAUUGUAACCACAGGUUUUAUACAAAUUAGCGCUCCACAUCGUAUUGGUUAUCACAAAUUUGCUAACGUCACAUGCACCACACCAGUGGAACUAGAGAGUGUAAAGUGGUACUUACAAAAAGGUGCACAAAAACAAACUGUCACUUAUGGCACUGAAGCUAAUGUGUCUCAGGAUUCACGAAGAAGCAUGGUUUUUGUUAAUCAAACUUCUGAAGUCUGGAAAGGGAAUUUUAUAUGUGACUACACAUCUAUAAAGUCUAGUAACAUAAUACACAGAGCAAGUGUAUAUAUGGACGUUGCCCUUUUGCCCCAAAUCUUUAUCACCAGUAACCCACAAUUUCCAGAUUGUAAAACUUCCACACUGGUUACUGUUGAGAUUAUGUGUAUCAUAGACAACAGCACAGAAACUUACAGUGUUACCUGGUGGCCAGAAGAUUUUCCAAAGCAAAAAACAACUUCUGUAGGCAAUACUACAAGCUACAGAAGCAAAAUCUCUAUCGACUGUACAAAAAAACAGGACGAAUAUAAUGUUGGAUGUAUAUUUACAAAUAGAGAAAAUGACACAAGAAAUGCCACUCUAAAGAUACCAGUCAUUUAUGAUAACUCAGUUGUAUGCGCACCGAAGGAUGACUGGCCACAAGCAAAGGCUAAUUUCAGUGCCAAACUGCAAUGUAAUCCUAAUGAAAUUGGUUUUAAAUCAAGAGAGUGCUCAGGAUCCACAAAUAAAGGGGAGUGGGGGCCAAUAAACUCUCAAUGUGUAAACACAGACAUUUGGACCCUGCUGACUGAAGCUCAGAAUCUUCAGAGAGGAUGUGGGCUUGUUCGAGAAAAUGCAAACAGUCUGUUUAGCAAUUUAAAGACGAAAAGUGAGAAUCAGAUCAUUAAUACAUUUCCAAAUAUUAAUGCAUCAGUGAAUAUAUUAGACACCCUGCAUAAUGCUUCUGAAAUACAAAAUUCUACAUUCAAUAAGUCUAUGCUCACUGAUUUCAUGAAAACUUCAAGCAAUCUUUUGAAUGACAGUUUAUUAAUUAAUUGGAAGGAUAAUGACAAGAAGCCAAGUAACCAGACUCACAGCUUGGCUGUUAAAUAUUUAAGCGCCAUUGAAGGAUUUGUAAAUCGAAUCGAGACAACCAUGGAUGAACCACACACAGAAGAAAAUGUACAAUUACUGAUAUGUAACAUAUCUGUGGAAAAAUGUUCUACGGCAUUCAACAUCACUUUUCCGGACGAGAAAGAAAAGAUAAAGACAGUUUAUCAAACUAGGAUAAAUAAUCUACCUGGCCUGCUACCAAAAUUUAAGGACAAUGAUCCAAGUGAAUUUUUAUUAUCAGUCACUGCUGAAAGCGUACACAGAAUCUUAAUCGAGUUCCCAACCAAGAGACUACCAAACCACCAAAUACUCUGUUUGCAUUUUAACUUUACAACCUCUGAGUGGUCUACGGAAGGUUGUUCUUGGGGCGGUGUACAUAAACCAAAUCUCUGUGAGUGUAAUCACUUGUCUGUAUUUACAUCUCUAAUGUCUAAAAAAGCUGUGGAACUAAUGUAUAUGACGGAGAUAACUAAAACAGGUUUAGUGUUCUCAAUUUGUUCACUUGUUCUAUGUUUAGCAAUUGAGUUUGUAGUAUGGAACACUGUGGUAAAGUCCAAUAUCUCCCACUUUAGACACACUGUCUUGGUAAAUAUUACACUCUGUUUGUUGGUAGCACACUGUAGCUUUCUAGCAGCUUCCUCUCCAGGUUCAUCUGCCAACCAGUGGUGUUUGGCUUUAACAGUUAUGAAACAUUUUUGCUUCUUGGCUGUGUUUUUCUGGAUGUUGUGCAUGAGUAUGGGACUUCUACACCAAAUGAUAUUUGUUUUUGUUCAGUUAAGAAAAAAAGUCUAUUUGGGAUUAUGUUUUUCUCUUGGUUAUAUCUGUCCUUUAUUGAUUGUAAUAUGUGCAAUCAUCACUUAUGACAAUGGCGCCGCUGACUCAUACUAUGUAAAUGAGACGUGUUGGUUAAAGUAUGAGAGUGUGCUACGUGGGUCAAUCCAUACCUUUGUUAUUCCUGUUGGUGUAAUUGUGCUUGUGAAUAUGUUCACUAUGGUUGUGGUCAUUAGCAGGAUCUUAAAACCCACUUUGUCUGAGGGAAAAACUCAUGAUGAAAAGGAAAUUGUAAGAAGUGUUAUCAGAACUGUUGUCCUCCUAACCCCUACGCUUGGAAUAACAUGGAUCUUUGGCUUCUUUGUACUAACGCUUGACCUCACAAUGGCACCUUUGGCCCAGAUUGUAAAUUAUGGUUUUACCUUUUUCAAUUCUUUUCAGGGCUUCUUCAUUCUACUAACAGGAUGUUUUGGUGAGAAAAAGGUUCGAGAAGCACUGCUCAUGCGCAUAAGACCACGGCAUUCAGCACAUUAUACAAGUAAAAGCUCAAUGACGAUGACAGCUGCAGUUAAAAAACAAUAACCGAUUUGCUCUACGAAGGCUUAUAUACAAAUACAAUAUCAUACAACCAACGAACUUGGAAUGACCAGACCUGCUUUUCUAUAUGAGGACAGAAACUCAUAACCUUUUGUUUUGUUUUGCAUAGCCUUUUGUUUGUCUUGUUUAUUUUUGUAAUAAGCUAAACCUAGAUACUGUAUCUAAUUGUGUUAAUUAUGUGAAUGUUUAGAGUUUUUUUUAAAUACAGAUUUGUUUAAUCAUCAUAUUAUGCUUGGUUUGUUAUUGAACACCUUGAAAUCAUUUUUGUAUUAGAUUUCAGCUGUUUGAAUUGAGAUUAUGCUUGUAAACACUUCCUUUCUAUUAGAAGUAAUGCAUUAGUAAUUGAUUACUGUUUAAAAGAAACUUAUCAAGUGCCAUGCUGGCAUGUUAUUAUUUUCUUGCAAUACUGAAGCUUGAAUGGUCAUAGCAUUUUGUAAAUAGUUGCUUUCUUCCUUACAUAAUGUCAUAGUUAAUAGUUAAAAGAAGAAAUAUAUAGUGUCCUAUAGAAGUAUAUAGUGCCCUUCAGAAUUACACGUAGAGUUUGUAAAAUAAUUUGAUUUAAAUAUCUUCUUUGCUUCACAUUAAGAAACAACAUAUACCUUCUUAAUGGAACACUUCCAUCUGUAACAUUCAGGCACAAAAAAAAACAUAGAAGAUAAUUUUACCAAGAUAAAAGUGAGGCUUCAAGUGGCUUGUAUAUGCAGCGCAAGAACCAUAAUUGUGUUAUAUAAUUAAUUUUUGUCAUCUUUUUUGGUGUAGGCAAAAACUGCCAGUAUACAAAUCAUCCAUAUUUAAUACUUCCAAUUUACUCCAUGAUAUCAUGUGAUUUUUUACUUUUUUUUUUUUUUUAUUGCCUUGCCUCAUGGUUUUCGGUUCUUUUUUGAUAUAAAUAAAACAUAACAUCUGAUGGCUCUUUUCUUUCUUUUCUCUUUUUCUUUCAGUCACCACCAUUCUUGUCUGGAUUAGGUCUUUAAGCAGCUGAGUUUAUCCUCUGUAACAAACUGUCACCCACAUCUUACAUGUAUACACUGCAGGAUUUAGAAAUUCUGAAAGAAACCCUGCUUAUGAGAAAUUGUAUGCAAUAUGUGGCUUUCAGUUUGUCUAUCAGCUGUGUGCGUGUCAUUGCUUUCACUUAAAUACAGGCUGUGAUGAUUGGUUCAGGCUCUGUAAAUUCUACCUAGCAAACAAAAUGCAUCAGUUUGGACCAGUAGUUUUCAAGAACUUUUUUUAAAAUGUCCCAUGUCUCAUCAGUAUGUCAGUAUUCCAUACACAUGCUAAGAAGGAAGCAACAGUAUAUUCCAUACAGUGCAUCUCUUGGAGAAAGCAGAAUUGAGUGGGUAUAUUUUGUAGAGGGAAUUAGAAAAUAGAUUCAUACCAUUGGCCACAAAUUCAAAGAUGGUCACUAGAUGGCAAUGUAACCUUAAGACUAUGCACAUCUUUAAAGGGCCUGCUGUUGGACAGGAAGCCAUUUUCUGGCCAUUACAAGUAAUGCUGAAGAUGGUGAUUUACACAUAAUCACAUAGUAUUUAGCAGCUCAGCUUAAGUCAUUUAGCAAAGAAAGAAAGGGACGGUUACUAUCAACAGAAACAAACAAGCUACUAUCAACAGAUAGAUAGAUAGAUAGAUAGAUAGAUAGAUAGAUGAUUUUCCUAUGGACUUCCAGGUCCUAUGGACCUCCACUGAGGUAUCUAAUUAAUUUAGCAAAAUAUGUCAUUGAUACACCCUUCAUAUGAGAGGAACUAGUAUUUUUUUUUAAUCUCCUUUUAAUGAUUUACCACUUGAUUUACCAUUCUGUAAGUCUCUACUUUGCUGUCUUUGCUCAACUGACAGUACCAUUAAUACAAGUGCAGCCAGGCUAGAAAUCUAACUUUGAUGUCUUUGAAUAUAGCUUUGAAUCUAUCUCCUGCAUGUGCCAGAUCAUAUUAUUAUUAUUAUUAUUAUUAUUAUUAUUGUAACAACAAUAAUGCAUUAAAUGUGUUAAAUAAAAGUAGCAAAAAGCGUGGGUGUGCAGGCUCCUCAACGCUGUCCUCAAAUACACUGUCUCAAACAGAUCAGUGUCUGAUUUCCCAAAACUCUCUCUAACUCAGUUACGAAACUCCCACUAUGCCUUUAGAAUCCAUUAGUAUAAUUUUAUUUGUACACUGCUAUUCAGUGGCCUCUAAAUUAUAAGUAUAUUGAGUUAUUCAGUAGGUAGUGCAAUUCUCCCCCACUCUCCUAGGCCAUUGGAGAGUGUGUCAGAUUUUUAUAGCUACUGUGUUCUGCGUGCCCCCUUGUUUUGAUACAAAAUACUAUCCUAGGACACAGUAACUAUAAAAAUCUGACACUUAUUUGUGGAAUUCCUUAUGAUAGAUUUAAAGGAAAAAUCCAACCUGAAUAUCUUGCAUAUUAAUCUUUAUAAUUAACAUGCGAUCUUUAAUGGCAUCUGAGAUUUAUUUCAUAAUGAAAUUUUGAGUGUUUUUUUUUUGUGCUUGUUUAAAAUUCUUUUAUUUACAUGUUGGGCUUUGGUUACAGGUUUCCUACAUUACCCACAAUGCCAUUCGGUUACACGCAGAUAGUGGCGCCAUUCUCUGCAGUAUGCGCAAUUGCGUUGUAUAGCUGCAUUGCCUUCUGGUACUUUGAGUCCUAUGUUUGUUGUCUCCAUUACUUCUACGUUGGAUUUCUUAUUAAUAUGAUGUUGAACACUGGGAAUUGGUGUGGAAGAAAACAGCUCUUGCUAACAGCAAAACCUGAUCGUUACCACUUAUGUUUCAGAUCGAAUGUUUUUUUUUUUUCUUUUAAAUGCCAUUGUAAUGUGUGACGUUAACCUGUGACGUUAACCUGUGACGUUAAUGUGGCGCACCACAGCAAACCUUACACAGAAAUAAUAAAAAUACACCAUCAAAAAAAUAAAAUAAAGAAAGAAAUAAAGAGCACCACAAUCACUAAACACAUCAUGAAUAUUUCAAUAUAAAUAGAUUCAUUGUGUUUUUAGGAUGGAUUUUUCCUUUAAAUAGGACAGGACAUUACAGGCUGUCAGUCUAGACUAAACUCAGCUUAUUUAUAAUAUUAAGCUUAUACAUAAUAUUAUAAUAUUAGCGUAUUUUUUACUUUUCAAGAUAAGGUACCAUGUUGUGUGACUGGAUUACAGUGAUUAGUGAUACAGAGAUACUUUGUAGUUAUGGAACCAGCAAAGAAACGAGGAUGUUCUGAAUGUUGAGAACAAUUUAAACUCAUGUCAACAAAUAAAAUAAUCAACAGGUAGGAUAUUUAUAGGAAAUUUGUAUUAAUCACGUGUAAGAGAUUAGUUUUGCCUAUAUACCACAAAACAUAGGGGGUUGUUUUUUCUUCAGUAAUUAAUACAGACAUUGCUUAAUGUUACCAGGUGGGUUAUUGUUAAAAAAUAAAUGAA